AUGUUCGAAAAUGUGCCUCCAGGUCCACCGGACCCUGUGUUUACCUUGAAGAAACUAGCCGAUGGCGACCUGUCACCAAACAAGGUAGAUCUUGGUGUUGGUGUCUAUCGAAACGAUAGUGGUGGCUACCAUGAACUAGAAGCUGUCAAACGGUACGAAAGCACUAUUGGGAACAAGAACUUCUUGAGGCAUGCUGCCGAGCUCAUAUUCGGAAAGUCUAGCUCGCAAGUGAAGGAUGAAAAGGUGGCUACUGUGCAGACCAUUUCUGGCACGGGCGCCAACCACUUGGCCGCUCUAUUCCUACGACGCUCCCCUGAGUUCUCAGACGCAACUGUUUUUAUUGGGACGCCUGCAUGGGGCAACUAUGAAUCAAUCUUCAGCCUGGUCGGAAUGCGAGUAGCCAAGUACAAGUACUACGAUGCCAAGACCGGCGUCGAUUUUUCAGGGAUGCUGCGAGCCGUUGAGACGGCACCGGCCAGGAGCAUAUUCAUCCUGCAAAGCUGCUGCCACAACCCGACGGGCGCGGACUUGACAAAGGCGCAGUGGGACCAGCUAGCCACGACCUUCAGCAAGCGCGAAGUGCUUCCGUUCUUCGAUAUUGCGUACCAGGGCCUGGGUGAGGGCCUCGAAGACGACGCCUACGGCAUCCGCCGGUUCGUGGAGCUGGGCCUCGAGGUAAUGGUGGCACAGUCAUUUGCCAAGAACUUUGGCUUGUAUGGUGAGCGCUGCGGCGCGCUGCAUGUUGUCGGGAAGACGAGGCAGUCUGCGGAUAACGUUCGUGAUCAAUUACGGUCGCUGAUCCGCGCUGAGUUCUCAUCGUCGCCUGCGUAUGGGUCGCGUUUGGUGACCAUAGCUUUGGAGAGCAAGGAGCUGGCUCAAAUAUGCUAUCUGCCGCUGAAUAAAGACCAAUGCGUGGCAUUACGAGAUGAAUACCAUGUCCACCUGCCAGAAUCGACGGGUCGUAUCAAUGUUGCCGGGCUGAACGGCGGCAACAUUGACUAUGUUGCCAAGGCAAUCAACAACGUGGUGAAGUCGGGAAACGGCCAGUCACACCGCGAGGCACGAUUAUGA